AUGUUGGCUUUCAUCCCAUCAUUCAGCAAAAAGCCGCAGUUAAGCGGUGUAAGAGGAAUCGAAACAGGUGCCCAUCCGAGCGGCCGGCGACGGAGCGGUUUCUACCAGCGCAGAGCAGGAGUCGGUGCCCGAACGCUGCGCUCCGAGUCCGACGACCCGAGCGAACUCUUCGAAAGAAUAUCCUUGGAUAAGCCCCGGCGUCUUUUUAGAGUCACAGCCGAGCCAGAAACAACCUCGAACGGGAUGUCCGCGUUGUCGCCGUCGGCCACGCAGCAGCAUAAUGGUGACGCUGUAGUUCUCUCGAACGAGCCAGACGCUUUGCAGAAGAGCGACGCCGAGCUCCGAGAAACCAUCGAGCGACUCGGGCUUACGGAGGCGAUCUUCGGAAACACAUCCCAAACGGAUAAGCAGGACAAGAACGCAGUUCCGCAACAGGUCAGCUUCGAGGAAAUCAGUGCAAUAAAGUGCUUCUACACAGCGCUGUUGGCCUGGUGCUUCAGUUGGCUAAUGUGGAACGUGAUGGGCUAUCUGAUUGUGAAAUUUGAGGCCCUUGGUCCGGUGUCGGACUGGUAUGUCGUUCAGCGAUUAACAGUGGUCUUCCGAGCGCUUGUCGUCGCGAGUUUUGCGAUGGGAUCUGGUCUCAGUUUCUUUACGGGUGCCGGGUUGGUGCUUCUCGGCGGUCGCGUGCUCUAUAGUCGAUCGCAACGGACAGGGCCUACCUCGGAGACGAGACCGGAUUCCCGAUCUGAAAGCGACGCCCUGUAA